GAUUCAGUUAUACAGCAGGUCUGCAGCUAUCCUAGCUGUACUGCCAUAACUUAUACGGGAUUAGUGCUUAGUUAUAGGUUUAAUUUAUUAGUUGUUUGAAUUGGUUUCAACAUUCAAUGAGGCAAUCAUCAUUACCCGAGCUGUGGUGCUGGGCAUUUAUUUUUCUGGGUGCCUACCAUUGUUUAGUAGAUGCAAAUCAAGAGCAUGAUCGGAUAACAUACUUGCCAGGUCAACCAACAGGCAAUGUUGGAUUCAAUCAUUACUCAGGCUAUGUGACCGUGAAUGAGACUGCCGGGCGGGCACUGUUUUACUGGUUGAUCGAGUCACCAGCCAGUAUAAAUCCUGAAAAAAGGCCACUCAUUUUGUGGCUCAAUGGAGGGCCCGGCUGCUCUUCCGUUGCUUAUGGUGCUGCUGAAGAGAUUGGACCAUUUCACGUCAACCCUGAUGGGAAGACUCUUUACCUCAAUCCUUAUUCUUGGAACAAGUUGGCAAAUUUGCUGUUUCUUGAGUCUCCAGCUGGUGUGGGUUUCUCGUACUCAAAUACAACCUCAGAUUUGCAAACCGGGGGUGAUAACAAAACUGCUGAAGAUGCAUACGCAUUUCUUCUUAAGUGGUUUGAUAGGUUCCCUCAAUACAAGCAUAGAGAUUUUUACAUUGCUGGAGAAAGUUAUGCAGGGCAUUAUGUUCCACAGCUAUCUCAAAUUGUCUACCAAAGAAACAAGGGAAACAAGAACCCCACUAUUAGUUUCAAGGGCUUCUUGGUGGGGAAUGCAGUAAUUGAUGAUCACCAUGACUUAAUUGGCACAUUUGAAUAUUGGUGGACGCAUGGUUUAGUCUCAGAUUCCACAUACAAGUUUCUGCAAAAAGCUUGUGAUUCAGGAUCUGCUACACAUCCUUCAGAAGAUUGUAUCACGGCUCUUAAUAUUGCCCAACAUGAGCUGGGAAAUAUUGAUCCUUAUAGCAUAUACACUCAACCCUGUGCUAAUGCUUCAUCGCUUAGGCACAAUUUGAGGGGUCAUUAUCCAUGGAUGUCCAGAGCUUAUGAUCCAUGUACUGAGAGGCACUCUGAAGUUUACUUUAACCUACCAGAAGUGCAGAAGGCCUUUCAUGCCAAUGUAACUCAAAUUCCCUAUCCAUGGAGCACAUGCAGUGAUGUUGUUAGUAACUACUGGGGAGAUUCUCCUGUAUCAAUGCUUCCUAUUUAUAGAGAGUUAAUAGCUGCUGGUCUCAGGAUAUGGGUAUUCAGUGGGGACACUGAUUCUGUGGUUCCAGUAACUGCAACUCGGUAUUCCAUUGAUGCAUUGGAGCUUCCAACAAUUACGAACUGGUACCCUUGGUACGAUAAUGGAAAGGUUGGGGGAUGGAGCCAAAUAUACAAAGGGUUGAGCCUUGUGACUGUAACUGGGGCAGGGCAUGAGGUACCAUUACAUCGCCCGCGACAAUCUUUUAUUCUGUUGAGGUCAUAUCUGGAGAACAGACCCAUGCCAAGCUCAUAACCCAUUCAUUCCUUCAUUUAUCACAGGCAUCCAAUGCCAAAGGUUUGUAUUAUAUGUAUUGUUUUGAAUUUGCGAAAGAAGACUGUAAGUAAUCUAUUUAUUUCUUGGUGUAUAUGAAGACUGAUCACAAAUCCAACAAUGUACCGUUUACUGUGAAAUUUAGAUUACUUAAUAUAUAUGUGCUGUCAUUGAAUUUUAAUUGACAAAAUGUAAGUAAUCUAUUUAUUUCUUGGUGUAUAUGAAGAAGUAUCUUACCAUUCAA